AUGGCGGCCUCCAGGAGCGUGUGUAGAACGGGUCUAAUUUCUCUCCUGAACCCAAGUCGUUUGAUCAUUCCAAUCUUGCUUCAACCAGUAAGGACCAAGAAAAGAUUCAGUGCUCCAAAAUCAGUAGGAGCCAGAUAUAACACUAAUGCGGAAACUGCAAGGAAAGCAAAGGCUGCUGGAAUUAUUGUUCCAGAAGAACUCAUGGAACGACAAAUUAAUGUUUCCUGCACAGCUGGAAUUUUUGAUCCAUAUAUACCCCCAGAAGGUGAUGCCCGUCUGUCAACACUUUCCAAGGAUGGUUUGAAACAGAGAACACAGCAACUAAAACAGACAGCAACCUCUCAUUUGGCGAUUCGAAGAGUAAAAAACUACGAAGAGGGUUUUAGUACCAAGACCUUUGCAGAGAAUGCUCAGGAAAUCUUCAUUGCUGCGCACAAUCACCUGACUCAGUUUGAUCGUCACAAGUUACAUUCUCUGGUGACAGAGCGUUGCUACCCUGAAAUGGUGCGAGGUAAUAGAUAUCGCACAAUACACUGGUCAUUUGUGGAGUCUCUUGAGCCUCCCAGAGUCGUGCAAGUCCGAUGCACCGAAAUGGUCUCAAAGGAUAAUCUUUACGGUCAGGUGACUGUUCGAAUGCACAGCAAGCAGGUGAGUGACUCUGUGUAG